AUGCGCGUGUUUCUGCCAUUUGCUAUAGCGGCCAUGACCGUCAACGCAGCCACGUUUGACUGGGACUGCACCAAUUCCCUCGGAGCAUGCCAGAACUACUGCUUUUACGCACAGUGUCGUGGCGGCGCAGGCCAGCAACUCACCUACGAUGCCGACACUUCCAACCGUGCACCGCGCAGACGGGCUUCCGGGUGCAGCAAGACCCCCUGCAGCGACAGCAGCCUGUCGUACUCGAGCUUCGGCAACUCCUGUGAUGAGUUUCCCUUUGCGAGCGAGGGAGGUCAGCUUAGCAGUUUCUACGGCACCAUUAACGACGGCGACACGUUUGGCAUCACCAUUGAGAAUUGGAGGGGAGCCUCUUACUGCGAAGAUAACCCGACAUGCUCCAACGACGGGGGCGAAUUCUUCCUCGAUCCUACCGGCAACUUUGUCGACGGCAAGAGAAGUAUCACUGGUCGUGGACUGACGCUUGAUCCGGGUUACAGCACUCCAGCGGCAAAACUGAGGACAAUCAAAACUGAAGACGGCACCGAGCAUCUGGUGAUCGCUGAGGAUUCUGGCAACCCUCUAAAGGCCGGUGACGAGAUCUGGAGUGCGCGUCGUAAUGCCACUCUGAAAAUUGUGGAUUAG